GUUUUGUUGACAUAAACAGCUGAUCCAAGACGAAGCAGAAUGUUAAUAGAUUCUGUAUUAAGCAGUUUAGGAGGUCCACUGCUUUUCAUUUAAAUGGUACAGCUAUCGUUGUUAGGUGUGAGUGGUUUUACUUCAGUUGCCAUCAUGGAUGACCUAGAUCGGGAUACAGAAGAUCGUGACAACAAAAUCGAAUUCAUUUCUGUUAUAGAAGAAAAUGCUGAUGAUAUUACUGAGGAGGAGUAUCAGGGAAUAAAAAAGGAAAUUUCUCCGGAUGUGGUGAAAGAAAAUGCUAUCUUUAUAAAAACUGAAGAAGUAAAUACGAGUGAGUAUCUAGUAGUCGAAGAAACUGAAGAGGAUGUGGAUGCAAAUAAAACUGACUUAAAGAUUUUGAUGCAUGAUUUUGAGGAUCCAUUAAAAGUAGUUCCAUCAGUGGUUGAGGAUUGUAUGGACUCGUCAAAUGGUGAUCAGGCCGCACAGAAGGAAACUGAUCGCGAGGUAUUACAUAAACAAGUGGACUGGAAAGAGAAACGUUUUGUUUGCGACAUAUGUAGCCACAGAUUUACGUGUAACAGUCAUUUGUCUGUACAUAAUAGAGUUCAUACAAAAGAGAAACCUUAUAAUUGUGAAGUUUGCACCAAGUCAUUCUCUAGGAAAGGUGAUUUAACUGUGCAUAUGAUAGUGCAUACAAACGAGAAGCCUUAUAGUUGUGAGUUAUGUAGCAAAGAUUUUUUGAAGAAAGUUCAUUUAAUAGAGCAUAUGAGAAUACACACAAAAGAGAGGCCUUAUAGCUGUGAGGUAUGCAGUAAGUCAUUCUCACAGAAGGGAGCUUUAGUGAUACACAUGAGAGUUCAUACAAAAGAGAGGCCUUUUAGUUGUGAACUAUGUAGUAAGGCAUUCUCUCGGAAAAAUACUCUCGUGGUACACAUGAGAAUACAUACAAACGAAAAACCCUACAAGUGUGAGGUUUGUAGCAGGCCUUUCUCUGACAGAGGUACUCUAAUGAAACAUAUGAGAGUUCAUACAAAAGAAAAACCUUACAAAUGUGAACUUUGCCGUAAAUCAUUCUCUCACAAAAGUAGUUUAAGAAAACACAUAAGAGUUCAUGAUAAAGCUAGGGAGGUGAGCUGACAAGGGAUACACUAGAUUAUUAUGGUCCCAGUGGGACAGAAUCGGUUACGCAUCAAAGAAAAAAGAUGGAAAUAAGACUAAUUUUGUCACACUUGAAAAGCACAUGUGUUAUCACAGUGGGUUUAAGC